UCGGCUCCAUAUUUUCCUGUAAACUCCAAGGUUAACUCUGCGCGAGAAAACCAGGAAGGCUGGGCAGCUGCCUGUGUCCAAGAUUUCCCCAGGUGGCAGCAACCGGAAGACCGGAAUCUCCCUCUUUGAGCACAGGUGCACUCUGAGGAUUUACCAGUCCUUCACAGGGCGGCAGCUGGGUUUAUUCUGAAGAGAAAAUAUUUCGUUUCCUCUGACAGAAGGCAGAGAAAAGCCGAAAAUCUACACGUCUAAAAAGCAUGCAAGAGAACAACGCUGACCAGCCGCCAUCGCUGUCUCAGCUCUUAAGAGAGAGCUACCUGGCAGAGGCGAGAGCCCAGCAGCGCCACAGCGAGAUGAGCCGCUCAGAUGCUUCUUCCACGCGUCUUCAGAUCUACGGGUCACUCAAAGGCAAGGCUGAGGACUCUGUGGGCCACAGUGACCCCCAAUUCCCAGACCUGUCAGCCUUCCUCAGCCAGGAAGAGUUGGAUAAGAGUGUGAACCUGGCUCGCCAGGCCAUCGGACACGAGCCUCACGAGGAGAGGGCAGAGGUCAAGGCCUCUGUCGCCCCGUUAACCCCCUCCUCCAGCAUUGCCUCAGUCUCAGUUUCUGCCUCUACAUCCCCUUCUGUUCCCUUCGCUAACCCCUCUCCUGCACCUUUUGCUGCUCCUUCCACUGUGUCCUUCACCCAGCCAGCCCCUGACUUCAAAGAACUGCCAGCAGCACACACAACAUUCACAUCAGACAGAAAGAUGCAUAAAGCCUCCACACGGCAGGACAACAUGAUCAGGAACAGCAGGGACUCCAGCGAAGGAUUCAACGACUUUAACAGGUCUGCCAGGAACGCCCCGUACGGUCUGGAGACCCAGUCCAAGAAGGAGUUUCUCAACAAGGCAGCGGACUUCAUUGAGGAGCUCUCCUCUCUCUUCAAGGCCAACACCUCCAAACGGAUACGACCAAGAGCCUGCAAAGCUCACAGGAGUAGGGUCCAGAACAAGAGCCCGAACGAUGGGACACUUUAUCCCCUCGUCAGCUCAGAAAACAGGGAACGUGCUGUCAUGCCCGCGGAAGUGGAGAAGGAGAGACCCAGCCCUGCUGUCAGCCACCAACCAGAGGUCCAGCUGGACUCUGGGACGGGGCAUGUGGAGUAUCAGGACUGCAGGAUUACUGAGGAGCAGCAGUACGACUGUGUUACCCAGGAGGUGGAGGAGGAGGCUGAAAGCUGUGCCCUGACAGAAACUCCCUACCCAGCGGAGCCAGUGUGUGAGCCUCCUCAUUUCAUCCAAAAACUGAAAAGCAGGGAAGUUCCAGAGGGAAGCAAGGUCCAGUUAGACUGCAUUGUAAGAGGACUCCCUGCACCUGAAGUCCGGUGGUUUUGUGAAGGCAAGGAGUUGGAGAACAGCCCCGACAUUCAGAUCGUCACCAACGGAGAGCUGCACUCUCUCAUCAUCGCAGAGGCGUUCGAGGAAGAUACUGGACGCUACUCCUGCUUUGCAUCUAAUUUCUAUGGUACUGACUCCACGUCGGCUGAGAUCUACGUUGAAGGUGCUUCCUCUUCGGAUUCUGAGGGGGAACAGCACUUUGAACAUGUAGCCCAGCUGCAGAGGAAAACCCAAGAGUCAGCUCCAGCUUUAUCUCCAUCAUCGGGCCAAACCCCAUCUGCAGAAGAGGAGUUUCUGUCAUCGCCACCUGCAGCAGCCACUGAGGAACCAGCAGAGGAGCUCUCCUUACCACCAACCAAUCAACCUCCUCCACUGGUCCAGACAACCACCACAGUACUUUCCGUCCCAGAGUUCUCCAGAGUAUCUGUGGCAUCCACAACACAGCCUGCUCAGGAGGAGACAACAGUGUUACCUGUCCAGACGUUUCCUACUUUGUCACAAGGAGAUUCAGAACUUUCAGAAGCCCAGGAAGUGUCAGCGUCUGUCCCUGUCACAUCCACAUCACAGCAGGCAGCUACAGCGACAGCUACAUCCCUGCCUUUGAACCCAGUGGUUUCAUCUGCUCAGGCAGCUCCAACACAAACACCCCAACCUGAGAGUCAAAACUCCAGCCACAGCUAUCUGCAAGGGUUAAACGGGCAACCAAUCAUGGCUGCCCCUGUAUUCACAAAGAGCCUGCAGGACCUCUUUGUGUCUGAAGGCCAGCUGGUGGUGCUAGAGUGCCGUGUGAAAGGAGCACCGUCACCUCGAGUGGACUGGUACAGAGAGGGGAAAAUCAUAGAAGACUCCCCUGAUUUCAGGAUCCUGCAGAAAAAACCAAGAUCUCCAACUGAAUCAGAGGAAAUAUGCACUUUGGUCAUUGCUGAGGUCUUUCCAGAGGAUUCGGGGGUGUUUACUUGUACAGCAAGCAACAAGUAUGGAACCGUGUCCAGCACUGCUGCACUGAGGGUCAGAGGCAAUGGCAGAAUCACCAACCACGUGAGGCCUUUCAACAGCUUAACGACGGAGCCUGGUCGAACCCAAGACCCUUCCCCUUCAGCUCCCGCUGUAAACCCUCAACCAGAAGUUACUAUGAGCAACAGCAUCAAGCCCCACUCCAGCACCAUUCGCCUAGACCCGCUCACCUCUAGCACUUUACGCCUGGACCCUGUAAACACCAGCACCUUCCGUCUGGACCCCCACAGCUCCAGCAUGUUGCGUCCAGACCCCCUUCGCACCAGCCUGCCCAGUCUGGAGCCCUCCAGCCUGAGCAGCAGCUCCUACCUGAACUUUCGUAGCACCAGCACCCCAAACUUAGAUCCUCUCCACUUUAACCAGGACCCUCCUGGAUCCAGUGGAGUAGGUCCAGAAACCCAGAACAGUGGACAGGUGCUCUCAUUUCCAAAACCCUUCACUGCUCUAUCUGCAGUGGAGACCUCAGCGGAGCAGGAAGUGUCCAGACCUAUGCUGACAUUGCCUGACACGAGCGCUAAAGCUAAGGGGACCCCAAACCAUCAGAAUGGGAGCCCCAUUGUGGUGCCCCUCCCUGAUCCUCCUCCAAACUCCUGCCUUAAGUCAGGCACCAUGGCAAACCACAGAGACUCACGCUCCAGCUCCAGAGUCGGUCUGCGCGUGCACUUCAAACUGCCUGAGGAUGAGGAGGAUGAACAAAGUGACGCGUCCAGUCAGGGUGAUGAAGACGUCACUCAGGUUUCAGUCAACAAAGAACCACCACCAGUGCUGGCUAAACCCAAACUGGACCCAGCCCAGCUCCAGCUUCUGCACAACCAAGUCCUCAUGGAGCAGCAGCAGGAAACUGAACCUCAGACCCAAACCCACAUCCCGCCUCAGCCCCACCCCCCACUACAGAUCCAGAUCCAACCUGAGGUCCAAAGCUCCCACGAAGGUCCGCUGUGGUCACCCAGAAUGCACCGUGAAUCCCAUCCGCCACCUUUCCGGCCCUACCUGAACACCACAAUCUCCCCUCUGCAGAUGCCACCCUCUGCACCUCUCCUGACCACCACCGCCCCCCCUGCUCCCUCACUGAGCUCUGCUCCAGCACUCAACACCACCUUUUCACCGCCUCUCAACACUUCUUCUGCUCCUCUUUUCAGCUCCCCACCUUCUAUUCCUCAGCUAAAGACGUCUUCAGUGGUGACCUCGCCUCCACCUGCCCCGCAGCUGAACACAGCUCCUCCUCUCAGCUCAGUUACCGUGACACAGAUGAACACCAUCCAUGCCUCGCACCUCAACCUGUCCCCUGCAGCUCUUGCCAGACCUACACCCACUUUACAGUUCUCCUCUCCUCCUGCACCAAAGCUUAGUACAGCUCCCACAGAUUCAACCCCGGCCUUACAGCAGAUCACCUCUCCUGCUCCUCUACUGAGAAGCACCCACGCCUCCCUCAUGAACCUCACCGCCACUUCCCACACCUUCAACUACACCCGGCCUAAAGAGUUCAUAGCUGCUCAGACUUUCUCACCAGUCAGGAGUCCUUCCCCGACUGAAUCCCCAGUGCCAUUGCUCCACGAGCUGGCCGCUGAGCUCAACUCCUCUGCAGCCAGCUCUCCUACUCUCCCGCCAUUUUCCCCUCCACCAAGGAUCUUCCCCACGAGGGUGCUAAAGUCUCCCACCAGCCCUCCUUCCCUCAUAUCCUCACCAACACCAGGGUCGGCGCAGUUCCUGAACAGUGUAUUUGCUGUACGAGCCCAGUCGCCUCCCCAGGCCUCAUCUCCCACCUCCAGCAGCUCCACCCCCAGCCCCAUUCAAAACCCCGUGGCCUUCCUCAGCUCCGUCCUGCCGUCCCUGACCCCAAGUCAGCCCACAAACUCAAUGGGAUUGCCCAAGGGAGCUCCUUUAGGGCUACAAAAGAAGGUACCCAAGGUGCGCCUGCCGUCAGCUGAAGACAUUCGUGAGAGCAAAGAAAUUCUCCUACAAGAUAUUGAGAAAAAGCUUGGAUUUAAAGACGAUACUCCACAUUUUGCAUAUCAACAGAAGCUGAGUAUUGAGGGGAAAACAGCGAGCAGACCCCUUGGACCAAACAUUCCUGCUACUGUCAUUAACUAUGAUGAGGAGUACAAAGUGUCCAGUUUUGAGCAGAGACUAAUGAGCGAGAUUGAAUUCCGUUUGGAGCGAACGCCAGUGGAGGAGUCGGAUGAUGAGGUGCAGCACGAUGACGUACCCACGGGAAAAUGCAUCGCACCCAUAUUUGACAAGAAACUGAAGAACUUCAGGGCCAUGGAGGGCGUGCCUGUCACUUUCUCGUGUAAAGUGGUGGGAAUCCCUCCUCCAAAGGUUUACUGGUUCAAAGAUGGCAAGCAGAUUUUGAGGAAGAACGUCCAUUACAAGAAGAUAAGAGAGGGGGACGGGACCUGUGCUUUACACAUAGAGUCCUCAACCAAUGAUGAUGAUGGCAACUACACUGUCAUGGCAGCUAAUCCACAGGGACGAAUCAGCUGCUCGGGUCAUUUGAUAGUCCAAACGGGGCCUCCCCGAAGCCGAAUGACACCUAUUCACUCUCAGAGGGUGCGGGCCCGCAUACAGGAAGUAGAGAGUGAGCAAACCCAGGAGCGCUUUUUUCGACCUCACUUCCUCCAGGCACCGGGCGACAUGCUGGCUCACGAGGGAAGACUGUGCAGACUAGACUGUAAGGUGAGUGGACUGCCCAACCCUGAGCUGAUGUGGUUGGUCAACGGGAGACCAAUCUAUCCAGACCUGUACCACAAGAUGCUGGUGCGGGAGAACGGCAUCCAUUCCCUGGUCAUUGACCCUCUGACGCAGAAAGACGGGGGCACAUACACCUGCAUUGCAAGCAACAAAGCAGGACAGAGCUCCUUUAGUCUAGACCUGAAAGUUGUGGAGAAAGAGACAAAGCACCCUCCCCAGUUUUUGGAGAAGCUGCAGAACAUGGGUAUUCCCGAGGGAACUCCAGUCAGGCUGGAGUGUCGGGUGGUGGGUAUGCCCCCCCCACUCAUCUUCUGGAAGAAAGACAAUGACACCAUUCCUAGAACUAAGGACAGAAUCUGCAUGACCCAGGAUGCCACAGGAUAUGUGUGUCUCCUUAUCCAGCCGACAACAAAAGACGAUGCUGGCUGGUACACGGUGUCAGCAAAAAAUGAGGCUGGAAUUGUGUCCUGCACCUGUAGGCUUGAUAUCUACGCACAGUGGCAUCAGAGCAUCCCCGCGCCCAUGAAGAAAACUCCGCGCACGGGCAGCCGCUACGCCGCUCUGACCGGCCAGGGGCUCGACAUCAAGUCAGCUUUCCCCACAUCAGACACCAGCCCCAUCCUGUUCUCCAGCUCGCCUCCUGAGGCCACGCUGGAGAGCGAGGAACUGUGAGCUGCCCACAAACACUCCAGCAUUGUGACCCUCAGAGGCCUCCCAGCAGGAUGUGUGACCUCCCUGAGGUCCAAACAUUGGAAAGGGGAGAAGGAUUGCCUGAGCAAUGAUUGUCAUAUGAUUUGUGUGAUGCAUUUGAAGUGAUACAUUCAGAAUAGAAUGGCAAAGAAUUACUGCGUUAAAGCUACCAGCACCGAUAGUGGGUUUGUCACCAUUCCUAUUUACUCAAGUCAUAUGAAGAGUGUUUCACAUACAGAAAAAAAAUGACAGAUUUGCAAAGUCUUAGCUCAUGAGCCAUCAGUGUUCAAUAUUGUUCUCUGACAGGGUUGAAUGAUUCACGUUUGUUUUCUACAUCAUAUUUAGCUUCAGUGGUGAGGUUGUUGCUGAAUGUUGGUGAUAACAUUUGUUCUUAAUAGUUAGUCCUAUUCUCAGAGUGGUUUUAACACCACUUAUUUUUAUCGCAAGUCACAUGUACAGUGGUUUCAGACAGUGUUUAGACCCCUUCACUGUUUUGCACACUUCACUGUUUUGUAAAUUUUAUUUGAAAUGGAUAAAAUUUACAAUUUCUGCCAAUCAGUUUACACUCAAUAAUCAAUAAUGACAUAGUGAAAACAUGUUUUUAGAAUUUUUUGUAAAUUUAUUU